CUUUGAGCCCUCCCCAUCACAUCGCAAAGUGUCAGACUUGCCGAGUACACUCCCCAGCUCACCCCCUUAAGCCCACAGAGGUCCACACCAACCAUCUAAUCUAGUUUGGGAAGUUCGGGAUGAGCUGUGUCGCGAUCCAGGAGCAGAUUGCACUCGGUGCAGCCGUCCCCGCGCUCGAAGCCCAUGCAAUCUCCGUCUCGCUGCCAACAUGGGAGGAUAAUAUUGGCUACGAAGAGGGCGAUAAGCGGGUGAUAGACACUAUGGUAUCAGGAUAUCCACGGUUCUUCAUUCAUCUAACUAUCCGGAAGCUGGCCGGGAUAUGUGAACAGAAGUUCGGUGUAAACGGAGAGCAGGCGAUGCUUUUUCCCACGCUCAGGAUAGCAGAGGCAUGCCGAGACUUCAUGGUUCAUCGGUCUUCUCAACAAGGCCCUGCUGUUCCUGUACGUCUCGUGCAAUUCCUCAUAUCACCAGAGAACGCUUCAGCUUCAACGGCUACCAGCAUGGAACUACACAUUGUACUCUUCCCCGCCGAUGCUUUCCCUCUCGCCAAGCAGUUCUGGCAGCACGCCGGCCUGGGCAUUUCCAGCCGUCUGGCCGCACACUGUCUAUCGAUGCUGCCUGAUGAGUUAAAGCCUAGCUCUCCAAAGAUCCCGCCUCCACCGAUGUUUACGAAACGCAAUGCGAGCAAUCGCCAUUAUGCGAAGCAAGCGAGCUUCUCGUAUUCACCUCAGUCUACGUCCCCACCUCCAGAAUCUAUCACAGAGACGUUUGACGCAGACCAUGCUACCUACCUCGAGGAGCGUUAUGGUCGUAAUCUGCCAGUCGAGGCGGCAUCCUUUGCCAAGCGAGCCAUGCGUCGUCGUAUCGCUGGUGUUCUCGUCCAUGAUACCCCCAACCACUGGUUGCAGGCUGGCGAGCAGUCCGCCGAGCUCGGUCCCAGUACCCGUGGUGUGAUGGAAGUCAGCGAAGAAGACGUGUUCCUAUACCCUACGGGCAUGUCUGCCAUCUUCAGUGCACAUCAGCUAGCUCUUGGAGCCAUGCCGUUAGCUAAGAGUAUAUGCUUCGGCUUUCCGUACACAGACACCCUUAAGGUACUUCAGAAGUGGGGACCAGGGUGCCACUUUUUCGGGCAUGGCUUGGACAAGGACAUCGAUGAGCUCGAGUCGCAACUCGCGAGGGAGCAUGCAGAAAACCCUGGUGUGCCACCGGCCCUGGCUUUGUUCACGGAGUUUCCCUCGAACCCUCUACUUCGAUCUGCCGAUCUACCCCGUCUGCGUGCGCUCGCAGACAAGUACAACUUCUUGAUUGUCGUCGAUGAGACUCUCGGCAACUUCGCGAACGUAGAAGUACUCCCACACGCCGACGUCGUGGUCAGCAGCUUAUCAAAGGUAUUCAGUGGAGAUGCGAAUGUCAUGGGUGGCAGCCUUGUCCUCAACCCCAAGAGCAGACAUUAUGACGUCCUGAAAGCACACCUUUCUCAGACAUACGAAGAUUCCUACUUUGGGCAGGACGCCAUCUACAUGGAGCGUAACUCGCGCGACUUUCGCCGACGCGCGCGCACCAUCGACGACAACACCGAGGCGGUCUGUGACUUCCUCUGUGCGCACCCGGAGACGGUCAAGGAAGUCUUCUAUCCCAAGUACACCACGUCACGGCAUUACGAGAAGUGCCGGGUGUCGGGUGCCGGCUACGGCGGACUCUUCAGCGUCACCUUUCGUCAUCCACAAGCGAGCCGCGCAUUUUUCGACGCCAUGCCAUUCUUCAAAGGUCCGAGUCUCGGAACAAACUUUACCCUGGCGUGUCCGUAUACCAUCCUGGGCCACUACCUGGAGCUCGACUGGGCGGCGGGCUAUGGUGUCGAGGAGGGCCUAGUACGUGUGAGCGUCGGUAUGGAACACCGUGAACUGCUGUUGCAGGGGUUCCAAAAAGCACUGAGGGCCGCGGAGAAGGCCGCUUCUAGUAUCGACCGAGACUAGGUUCCUCCGUUGACCGGAACACCCUCAUUUGUCUCUAGACCGCUCCAUCCAUCGUCUAUGUGUCUAUGAAUGAUAUGAAUCUACACAUAACAGGGUGUCCGUUAACCUACGUAAAUAAGCUGCCAAAGGUCAUGCGUGAAGUUCGUCAUGAAAGAAUGUCAAGAAUAGAAGAAUGGGGGGAAAACGUUUUCCACGCUUAUUCAAAUUAACAAGCCCCGGAAUGCAUGGCGAACAUGGGCUGUUGAAGCCAUUCCUAGCGGGACCCAGCCGAACCUUAGCAGGAGAAUGCUUGGGCAAGCCACGGGUGCAUCUCUAGUUCGCCUGCGCCGGGCCUUUUGAGGGGGUCUAGCCUUAGGCACGCCCUGAUGAAGUCGGUAGCAGGCUUCAGCUCUUCCUGUGGCACAACGUCGUAGACGGAGAUAGCUUGUUCCAGCGGGACGGGCAUGAGCUCCUGGAUCCGUUGAAGAUUUCCUGUCAGAGAGCAUAUGAAAUGAGCGGCCGGGGCACAUGUACGGAAACGGGAAGCGCGAGGGACCGACCAUCGUCGUCAAAAAAGUGUUCCGCGUCCAAUGAGAACUCGAGCAUUUGCGGAGAGAACGUGUCGCCCGUCAGCUCGAGCAUCUUUGCCAAGUGGUCGUCGUCUAGCGUCCACGAAUCGCCAGCCUCCGGAUGGAAGAGCCAGCGGCCUGUCAGAAGCUCAAAAGUCUUGCCAUAUCCCAUUCGCGUCAGAACUGU